AUGACACGCCAGAUUCCAUUUGAGGGUGACGACGCCGCUUAUAUUCUGUUUCUUGAAGCGCGAAUUCUUCAGCUUGAAGACUAUCUUCAACAACCACCUCAAAAAUCUGCCUACAUUGGAACGUCAUCGAGCCCAGCGGACUUCAACGGAGUCCGUAAUCAGGUCGAGGUCUGUGAAAAACCUCAUCACCACAGACGUCAAAUUCAUAUCGCACCGGAAACCCAAAGCCCCGACGGUGACACAGAACCCGCCCCGGAAGAUUUCGAUGAACAAGGACGUAUACACAAAGAUGGCGGUAAUUCUUUUAUCGAAUACAAUCCAAAAGUCCAACUUGAUCCAAAGAGGACCGGUAAAUGUGCACGUGGCCAGAGCAAAAAGCAUCAACUCAAGACCCUAUCAAGAUUUAUCAGCUUCAUUGACAAUCUACCCGAAUCAGAAAUUUGGAAAACUUGGGUUUCCGCUCUUGAUGAAAUUCAGCGCAAAAAAUUCCUCGAGGCACUGGUACACAAUUGUGGCUCGGGUACAUCGAACUUUGCCUCACUGGGAACAGCGAAGGAGUUGGCAGACGUGUCAUCCAAGCCGACAGAUAUUUCUAUUUUGUCUCAAUACGCCAGCUUUAUGGUCUCUUUCGGCAUGCUGAAUCAACAACUCGCAUGCUUUCAAAAUUUAGUGUUUGUUUCUCUUUGUGCAGUUACAUUGGAAAAGACCGAGGACAAAGAUGGUGUCCAUGCAGUUAUGCGGAAAGUUCUCGGAUCCGCUGCUUCUUCAAAACAGCUUGUCAAACUUGUUCGUGGCGCCAAAUGGGCGAACAGUCUCGUAUCGCUCUUGUCUAAGACAAAGUGGGCAUCCAGAAGCUGGGAUAUCCUUUGUGUCGGUAUGGUGGCCGUAUUUGUGUUGUUUUGA